UGUGGAGUUUCGUGGACAAAUAGUCAGCGUGGAACAUGAGUUUCUCCGAAAUAAAAAGUUAUCAUUGCUUUUCUAUUUUUUACUCAAAAGUUGAGAUAGAAGUAAGGAGAUCCUGAAGAACAGAAUGUUGAAUUAUUUAAUAAUACUUGCUCUACUACUGACGUCUACUUUGGGAGAACAACAACAAGGACUUGUUUUGGUUAAAAGUGAUGACGAAAAUGGUAAUAAUGAUGAAGUCGAAAUAGCCCCAAAUACUGAACAAUUUGAUGAAGAAGACCUUGAAGUUUUUCAGCCAUCAUCCGAAUGGCAAUCUAUCAAACCAGGUCAAGGGAUUCCACCAGGACUCCAUGUACGCAUGAACCUACAAACUGGAGAGAAAGAAGCAAAACUUAUGGAGGGAGAUGAUGGAACUAAAUACAAAACUAACAAGGACUCAAAACAGAAAUUUAUCACAAUUGAUAAAAAUGUUAUUUCAAAGCAGCGUCUUAAAGAGGCUCUUAAGGAUUUUAGGGAUAAAUUUCACGAUGAAAACCCUGAUGAGGAGUUUUCUGACCAAAGUCAUGGUCCAUUGCCUGGGGGAAAAACAUUCAGGUCAAUAGAUGAAAUCCGAAAGGAAUUGGAAGGAGUUGAUCUUUUUCUGAAAAAGGAUAUUGAAGAAAUUUCAAAACAUGUUCAGAUCCUUAACAUUUCAAGUUCCAGUUUAGUGGAAAAGGAGCAUGCCUUAGAUGAGCUUGAGUAUUAUGUCCAUCAGAUAGAUAAUGCCAGAGAUUUGGAUAGCAUUGGUGGACUCUCCUUGGUGAUAAAGUUUAUGAACUCUUCUGAAGAGAGCUUAAGAAAAAGGGCGUGUUAUGUUUUGGGAUCAGCAGCACAGAGCAAUCUAGUGGUUCAGCAAUCAGCCUUGAAUCAGGGAGCAUUGCCUUUACUUCUUCGCUUGUUGUCCAAACGUGAACCUAUGGUUGUGCGAAAGAAAGCCAUGUAUGCGCUGUCCUCCCUACUCAGGCUGUUUUUGAUGGGGCAGAAAGAAUUUCUUAAGCUGAAUGGACUUGAAAUGUUUGUUAAACUCUUUGAUGAGGCAGGCACAGAACCUCUGGUUAUCAAAGCAAUCACUCUGAUGACAGAUAUACUUACAGAACAAAUUGAACAUGUCACAAGUCUGCUGAGAAAGCGAGGGCAAGAUGUGUCUGGUGAUAUCUCUGGAAGGGUCCCUUUGCUAAAAAGUAUGGUUGAAAAAGGCUGGUGCCAACUUAUACCCAGUCUUCUACGUACUACAGAAAAUGACACCAGAGAGAAAGUUCUACAGGCCCUUCACGUCAUGGUGACUGGAUGUAAAAGUGAGUUUCAAAAGGCUCAUGUGCAGAACAGCCUAAAGAAACUCAAACUGGAGUGGCUCAAAAAUGCCAGUGGUCCAGAAUCUAGUGAAAGUUCUGAAUAUGCUGGAAUAUUGGCACAACUUGUUACAGACCUCAUGAGCAAGUUAACAUGAUUGUAUAUUGCAGAGGUUUAGGCAGCAUUUUCCUUGAAGGGGAAUUUUUUGCAUUGCAGCGUGUUUAAUUUUGAAAGAAAUCUUCUCUUCUUCCUGGCUUACAUGGUGUUGUGCGAACCCUAAGAUUCUCCUUGCUCCUUGCAUAAGUCUCGCGCAGUCUUUCUUUGGGAUAUCACGCAACGCUUCCCUAAAGUAUUGCGUGACAUGCUAAAGAACAGUUGCGAAGAAGACUAUGCCUUACGAUGGCUCUUGCCUGAAAGAAAAGCCAACGGCAGAUAGUAAUCUUCAACUUCGCAAUACAGUGAAAAUGAAACUACAAAAGUUGAUGUAGUCAGUGGCCAUCGGAAUCGCAGAAUUUUUACAGUCGAACAUAAUGGAACCAUCAGGAUCCCAAAAUAACCUUGUCUGACAUGUACCUCAGAUAACCUCAAUUCUAUACCAGGACAAAAAGCCUGGUACUUGUAAAAUAGAGGUGUUAGUAAUAAUUAUAUUUAAGUUUAACUCAUUUUCUAACAAUCAAUUAAGUCAGGCUCUAACACAAGACGUCUCGAAUGCUUGGUUUCAGUUAGUUUCCUUCGGAGCCGUUGUUGGUUUCUUCACGAGCGGCUGCGCAAGAGACUAUGUCUCUGGGGCAUCACUGCGAUUGCAAGGAUCCUAGCCGUCACAUAGGCUUUCCGGCCGUGCAGUCUUCGGGGGCCGGGGGGCGCUUAUACACGUAUCUCCAGUAAUCUGAUUAAAAUUAAAAUGUUUCGAUUUUUGUAAAA